ACACAUGUCUGCAUGUAUGAUGAUCAUGUAGUGUGCAUGCCAUCAUCAUAAACAAGACCCCAUUCUCGUACUAUAUCAACGUACGCCAUCUUCUCAGAAGUGCUGGCAACUCUAUAGUACAGAAAGUUUCGUGGAAGAAGCAAAGCAUGAGUAGAGGUGAGAGCUUCGGGGGCGGCAAAAGCUCUUUGAGUUACCUCUUUGAGUCAGACGAGGGCACCACCUCCUUCGAGGGAUCUCCCAAGUCGACCGGGCAGCAGAAGCCUCCAUCUGAUGAAGAUAGCAAGACCAAAGCAACAGACCAAUCUGCUGCACCGAACAAACCUGUUUCCACCAACAACUACUACAGAGCUCGAGGCCAGAAUUCAGGGAACUUCAUCACUGGUCGCCCAUUUACGAAGGUUCAGUCAGUUCCUGGUGGAAGCUCAUCACUUGGCUACUUGUUUGGGGAUAAAUAAAUAGGGAUGAUUUGCAGUGUCUGACUUCAUCAACAGUUUGAGUAUAAUAAGAACACCUUGAUCCCAGUUCAGUAAUGUUGUGAUCUUUAAUCGCUCUGUGAGUUGAGUGCAUGCAUGGUCGAUUGUGCCUCUUCUGCGCCGUGAAACUUCUGUAACGAGGUCUGUUAUCAAAUCUAAAUAUUUGUAUUAAAUUGAGAGAUCCUGAAUGCUUCUGCC